AGUUCUUCGCAGUCGUGAUCAUUCUCAAGGGAUCUUGUUGGGAUAUGAAAGUUUUUGAUGAAGUCAGAAAAUCAACGCGAUUGACCUCCAAAAGUGUUGAGUCCUUUUACGCUCCUUUCAGACUGCUUUCACGUUUUGAGCUCAACAUCUUUUCGUGUUUACGGGAAAUCUGUAGCGCUGCCAGCUCUCAUACAAAAGGGAGGAAAGCUAGUGAAGCUGUGAGGUUAGCGGGCCAUCUUUGCCGUUGCGCCAGCAUUCUGGAGGAGGGAAAACAGUUCUUUCUAGGGGUUUUGUGUUGUGAAGGACGACAAAUUUUUAAUGGGAUCAUAGUCUAGUAGCUGUUGUCGAACAUCUCAGGCAGUGGGAUUUCUACAGAAACUCUCGGAGCUAUGGCGGAUUCUCUUUCAGGAACGAGUCCUGCUCUUGAAGUAGAUGAGCAUGCCCACAAGACCAUUUAUUUUCAGGGCAGGACCGUGGGUUACCUUGUGUGUUGGUUACUGGGAAAUGGCUGCCUGUUCAGCUGGAAUAGUCUGAUUACCAUCCAAGAUUAUUUUUUGGUGGUAUUUGACGGUUACCAUGCAGCACGAGUGUUCACUUUGGUUUACCAACCAUUUGCACUUGGAACCAUGCUCAUCCUCACAUACCACGAGGCACGCAUCAAUACACGUUUACGUCUUAUAUCUGGCUACACGCUCUUUUUCAUCUUCAUACUGGCCAUCCCAAUCCUGGAUUUAGCCACCAAUGGGCAUGGAGGUAUUGGAGCAUUUGUGGGUACCUGUAUCUUUAUUGCAGGUUUUGGCGUUGCAGAUGCAUUUGUUCAAGGGGGCAUGUUCGGCGAGGUUUCCUUCAUGGAUUCAAGCUAUGUUCAGGCGUUCAGUGCAGGCUUAGCAGCCUCAGGUGCAAUAACCUCGGGUCUUCGCUUGAUUUGCAAGUCCAGCUUCCCAAAUACAAAGGAUGGACUCCGUAAUAGUGCUUUGGUGUUCUUCUUCAUUUCGGCCUUCUUUGAAUUUACGUGCAUUCUCUUGUACGCCUACGUGUUCCCACGUUUGGCUUUCGUGAAGUACUUCCGAACCAAGGCUGCAUCUGAGGGAUCUCUUACGGUAUCUGCUGAUCUGGUGGCUGUCGGCAGCACUACCUACAGAAAUGAAACACUUUCAGAAAAUUGUGACUUUAAACUACGUUCAUGGCAGGACAAUCAACAAGGUAUGAAGGCCUUGAUGCCGCUGGAACGUCUGACAACCUCGCAAUUGCUUGCAAAGAAUGCCGAUUAUUGUUUCAUAAUAUGCUUCUGCUUCACUUUGACACUUUCGAUCUUCCCCGGCUUCCUGGCUGAAGACACAGGGAAACAUCAUUUAGGCACAUGGUAUUCUGUAACACUAGUAGCAAUGUACAACGUUGGGGAUCUGCUGGGCCGCUACAUCCCAUUGAUUGAUAGCCUUUUGCUGAAAUCACGCCCAAUGCUGCUUCUUGCUACGCUCUCUCGAGUUGUAUUUAUCCCCGCGUUUUAUUUUACAGCCAAGUAUGGGCCGCAAGGGUGGAUGAUCAUUUUGACCACCUUACUGGGAGUUUCGAAUGGUUACGUCACUGUGUGCGCUUUCGUAGGCGCACCAAAAGGUUAUUUGGGACCGGAGCAAAAUGCCUUGGGGAACAUUCUCGUUCUUUUUCUGGUUAUUGGCCUCUUUGUUGGAGUCGUUGUCGACUGGUUGUGGCUGAUCGGAAAGGGUUGGUAGAAGUACAGGUGUUCGAAAACUUGAAUCAGGUCCAUUACCUCAUUCCUUUUGAAUAGGGAGAUAUCGGGUGCAGAGACUGGAUUUGAAGGUCCAUGGUCGUAAUUUAGUAACUUAUGUGUAGAGUGUAGAGACUGAAAACGGUUAGAGAGCAUUGUAAUCCAACGCAAUGACGCCAAAUUAUGCAGUGAAGUUAUGGCAUGCAAUUGUACAGGAUUCGCCAUGGGAAAAAUAACACCACAGUCGAAUUCUUGACUCGUAUCAUUGACCUAGUUGCCAUCACAAAUGAUACGGGGUAGUUUUCGUGUAUUCCUGCCAAGUGCGGCCUUUCAAUAUUUGAAAUUGUGAAGAAAUUGCAAUACAGAUGGAAACUUUGAAAUUCAAGUA